AUGUUUGGAAAGAUGUUCGGAGGGGACAAGGCUCCCGGCGGUGGAAUGGGCACGGGCAUGGGGAUGGGAGGCGGCGGAAUGGGGGGCAUGGGGGCGGGAGGCGCGCCGGCCGGGGGCGGGGGUGGAGGAGGCUUCGCGCUCAGCCCCGAGGAGGUCAAGGAGGCGUUCAGGGAGUUCGACCUCGACAAGAACGGUUUCGUAGGGGCGGCGGAGAUUGCGCACGUUCUGCAGAGUAUGGGAGAGAAGGCGACUGACGACGAGGUGGACGAGAUGAUCCUCAUGGCCGACCUGGACGGCGACGGUCAGAUCAGCUUCGACGAGUUUUUCAAGCUCAUCAACUCCUUCCAGGGGAUGCCUCCUCCCCCCAACGCGUCUAUGGGGGGCGGGAUGGGAGGCGCACAGCAGUCUAUGGGGAUGGGUGGCGCGCAGUUCCAGCCCCCCCCGCCCGGCAACCCCGUAGCGGACAUGGAGUCGUUCCAGAAGUCCCACGGACUCAACAACGAGGCGCUGAAGAAAAUCUACAAGCAGUUCCUGGCCAUCGACCAGGACAAGUCCGGCAUGGUGGACAUCAACGAGUUCUGCCGCCUGUUGCGCGUCGAGCGCUCUCCUUUCGUGGAGAGGCUGUUUUCCAUGUUCGACAGCGACCGCACCGGGCUCAUAGAUCUCAAAGAAUUCGUCGUUGGCCUGUCCAACGUGGGCACGGAGGCGCGGGAGAACAAGGUCAAGUUCGCGUUCCAGGUGUUCGAUCUGGACGGAUCUGGCUCCAUUGACUCAUCGGAACUCCGGAAGAUCGUCAAGGCGACUAACAUGGCGAGCGAGAAGCAGCUCAACAGGAAGGUGGAGUGGCUCAUGAAGCAGUGCGACACUGACGGCGACGGGCAAAUCUCCUUUGACGAGUUCGUCAACCUCUCCAAGAAGUUCCCAAAUAUCGUCUUUCCGGCGUACUCGCUGGCGAGCGGUUUGGGUGGACUCACAGGUGGGAAGUGA